AUGGCGGAUUGUGAGGGGGGCAAAAUGGCGGCUCUAAUUCCGUGUGGGCAGAGGGCAUUACGGUGGGUUGCUAAUCAUGAAUCCAAUAACUUAUUGUGCGACGAAUUGGUGGGCGAGAUACUUGUAAGACUACCCACAACAUCUGCCGUUCGAUUCCAAGCGGUUUGCAAACGCUGGUAUUCUCUCAUCUCUUCUCCUUACUUUAUUGCCCGCUUCCGUCACCAUCAUAACCAUACAGAUAAUGUUGAGUCAAGUCUGGUUUUCCGAUUUGCAUAUUCUUGUGACUUCUGUGACUCUGCCGACUGCAACCAAUGCGAUUCUGACUUCCAAAUCAUCUCCAACUCUUCUUCCUUAUUACGAAAGGUGUACGGAGAGAGUGCGUUAUUCCGUUUAAGUUAUCUCCCGUGUCCCCCUACAGACCUUCACAAACUUCGGUUGGAAGGCUCCUUUGCUGACUUAAUCUUAUGCUCUUGCCUUAUUACCCUUACCAACAAAAUUGAUUAUUAUGUCUCCAAUCCGCUCACCAGACAAUGGAUUGCUCUCCCUCCAGCUGCCUAUGAGAGCUUACCGCAGGAUGUCUCAAUUGGCUUUUUGUGGGUGGAGGAUGCUUCUCAUCAUAACAAGUUCAUGGUGGUGACUGAGAAGUGGCAAUGGAGGAGUUUGGUUGUUUCAUCCCCUCUGAGCUUGAAUCACUACGGAGGGAGAACUCCUCUUGUUGCCUAUAGAGGGAUGCUGCAUUGGCUAAACGCUGAUUGUAUCAUGGUCUAUGAUCCACUUAACACCCCGGAAAUAUUCUCUCGUGUCAUUCAUCUUCCAAUUCCAAUUCAAAUAUCCAGAAAUAAUUGCUUUGGAGUAAGCCAAGGUUGUCUUCGUGUAGCGGAAGUUUCAGAUGAAUAUACAAUAGAUCCCAUACUGGAUGUAUGGGAAUUCGAGGACUAUGACUCUGGGUUGUGGAUUUUGGUUCACAAGAUUCACCUUAGAAAUCUGAUCCAUAAUGGGUUACUGGAAAGUUUGCAGGGUGAAUUGCCUUGUUUCUCAGUACUAAGUCUCCAUCCUGAAAAUAGAAAUGUUAUUUAUUUACGGUUACUUAAUGGAGUAGUCUUGGUUAACAUGAAAAGCAGAAUAAUAGAGCGAUUCUACCCAAUAAAUGAGAGAGCGGUGUUUAGUUGGAGGGAUGCCUUUCACCUUGUUGACCAGCCGUGGCCAACAGCAAUAUCAUUACUGCGGUACUAA